AGCCGCUGUAUUCAGCUCGCGGCUGCUGUGAGGUGGGCAGGGCCCCGGACCUGGGCCCCCCUCUUUCUCUAUCUUUAGUUUUCACAGCUGAGAUCACACAUUUCAGUGGGAAUAACGAACUUAAUCAAUCAUCGAUCGUAUUACUCUAUUAACUGAGCGCAACUCUUUGUUAUUGACCAGAUUUAAAGGGCCACUGAUUCGGGUGUGUUCAUAACUGGGAGUUCCUCUUUUUUACGCGUCUCUUUUGGACCCUGUAAUGGAAUGACUGACCGCAAACUAUGAACAAAAUGGAGAACAAGGCUCUAGAGAGCAGCUUUGAAGAAAAACUUACGAUGUCAGACAAAGUUCUCACAUCUCCUCCAGGGACGAGCGACACGCUUCAGAAAGGGAUUGAGUUGGACAGUGAGAUCCUGAAAGCUGAUGACACAACGGUCACAGACUCCUCCCUCAUAACAGACCCUCCCUCAAAAACAGAACCAAUCAAAUCUGACCCGAGACCCAGCACCCCUGGAUCCAACCCCAUCCCACCGACAACAAAAGAUGGAAUGAGUACAGAGCAACGGCAGAAACAAGCCAAAAAGCGGCGAGAGGAACGGGCCAAAUAUUUGGAACAGCGAACCCAGGAGCAAGCGGCCAAGAAGGCUCAGUGGUUGGAGAAGGAGGAGAAGGCACGGCGUUUGCGCGAGAGCCAGUUGGAGGAGCGCAGAAGGAAGUUAGAGGAACAGCGACUGAAGGCGGAGAAACGAAGAGCUCUACUGGAGGAAAAACAGAGACAGAAACUAGAAAAGAACAAGGAAAGGUAUGAAUCUGCCAUAAAGAGGCCGACCAAAAAAACGUGGGCUGAGAUCCGUCAGCAGAGGUGGUCUUGGGCCGGUGGCUUGAACCAGACCUCCCGCCGAGAGAGCAGAUGCUCGGCCUCCACGGUCAACCUGCCACGGCAGACGGAGCCUGUGAUUAACAAAAGGCUGUCCAAGUCCUCGGCCACGCUCUGGAACUCGCCCUGCAGAACCCGCAGCUUGCGUCUGAGCCCGUGGGAGAGCCGUAUCGUGGAGAGGUUGAUGACACCCACCCUUUCCUUUCUGGCUCGCAGCCGGAGCGUCGCCACCCUCCAGAACAACAGCGACCCCCAUCAGUGUUCCCGCUCUGCGUCCGUAUCUCCUCUGACGCCCUGCUCCCAUCAUCAUCCUCACCAGCACAGCGCUGAACGCUGGAGGGUCUCGGCCAGCACACCUGACAUCACACAACGCCAGCAGAGACGCAACUCUACGCCGUUUGAGAAGAAGAAGAAAGAAAAGAAAGACAAGGAACGAGAGAACGAAAAGGAGAAGAGCGCUCUAUCUAAAGAAAAAGUGGUGAAGAAGAGACAGUCCCAAUCCAUAACCAGAACGAAAACAGAAGCCAGCCCAAAUAUCAGAGCUAAAAACAGAGCUUCUUCACCUGCAACACCCAGGAGUCGCCCCCUCUCCCCCAAUCCAGCCGUGUCCCCCAAACCACCCUCAUCUGCGGGCCGGACUCCUCCUGGCACCAAGACACGGCCUAAACGGGCACAGACUCCCGCCCGCGUGCAGGCCCCCGCCGUUGCUGCUGUCGCCGUGGAAACCAAGGAGCCCCGUCAAGCUGACCCUCAUAAGGACACAAAGACUACUCCCAGUGUUCCUGACAUCACCGUCUCGUCUGCUCCGGCCACGCCCCUUACUCCCUCUGCACCAAUCACAGCAGCUCCUCAGACACCAGAGGUGGCCAAUGCAGCAGCCACACCUUCCCAAUCGCUCUCUCCUGAGCCCGGCCCUCCGGUCGCCAAGCCCACGGCUGGGACCAAUGAUCCCGAGGAAGCUGCCCGCGUGCUGGCGGAGAAGAGACGUCAGGCCCGUGAGCAGAGAGAGAGGGAGGAGCAGGAGAGACGAGAGCAGGAGCAGAAGAGCAGAGCACUGCGUGAGGAGCACGCCAGACGUGAGGAGGAGGAGAGGAGGCGCAGGGAAGAGGAGGCACGCUUCAUGGCAGAGCAACAGCGUCUGCAGGAGGAGAAGGAGGCGCAGGAGAGAGCACAAGCCGAGCAGGAGGAAAACCUGCGUCUGCAGAAACAGCGAGAGGAGGCCGAAACCAAAGCCCGAGAGGAAGCAGAGAGACAGAGGAUAGAGAGAUGGAAUCUAAGCAUACCAAGCAUACAUGUAGAAACAUUGAAGAGAUAUAUUUUUAUGUAUGUGUAUGAAAAUGCUUUUACUGAAGAAGAAAAAAAAAAACACAUGAAGAGUUCAUCUUUGUGUUCAUCUUUCUAGCGUCUGGAAGAAAUCAUGAAAAGGACUCGUAAGAGUGACGCAGGGGGACAGAAAGACGUUAAGGCUCCAGCUCAAGUGAACGGCAGAGUCUCUGACAGUGUAAUCCAGAAAAAUCAGUCAGAAACUCUGCAUAGUGGUGCAACAAAUUUUAACCAAUCACAAGGAGACAUGAAAAUGAGCUCUGUGUCCUGGGACGCGGCACCCGUCGUUAACGGCAUCCAGCCCGCUAAGCAUCAGAAUGGAAUGUCCUCCAAUGGAGAGGCAGCAGACUUUGAGGAGAUCAUCAAGCUGUCCAAUCACAGUGGCAGUGGAAACAGUGGGCAGGGCCAACCUGCUGACCCAGUCAUGGCCUUUGAGGGAGGGGAACCUUUCAUGAUGAAGGCGGGGCCUAUGAAACCACAACAUGUGGCAGAGGUCCUGUGAGCGAGCAGAGCCUUCUGUAAGAGAAGAGAAGAGAAGAGAAGAGAAGAGAAGAGAAGAGAAGAGAAGAGAAGAGAAGAGAAGAGAAGAGAAGAGAAGAGAAGAGAAGAGAAGAGAAGAGAAGAGAAGAGAAGAGAAGAGAAGAGAAGCCUUACGCUACCACUGCUUCCACCCCAACGUGUGCCAAACUGACAAACAGACUGCUUUAACUUUAGAAACACAGCAAGACAGAAACCGCCGAUUUCUGUGGAAGCACUUUGAGGAAGCGACAGAAGUGGAGAAGAACCUUAAAAAGACACUUAUAUACAUAUAAGACGUUUGCAAAAAGUCUCUGUCUAUUUCACUGUGUGUCAUGGUGCAAAAUUGUUGCUUUUCUUUUAAAAAGUCACGUGCCGAUUAUGUGGUGCACCUUAAAAGAGUCACUAUAUGAUGAAUUACAUGAAAUACAACUUGGAAAUACACAAUGUUCGGCUAUCAUUAUGAUAUUAAUUAUUAUUGAUGUUGUUGUUAUGAUGUAUUGUUACUGUUCUUUUAAGUAGAAAAACGUGCGUCUUGAAUUAUUGCGUUAUUUAACGUGUGGAGCAUCAGAAGGGGGUGAUAUUCUAUAUGUUAAUGUAAAUUUGCCUGAUUAUGACGGACCUGUGGAAUAAAUCUUUAUGAAAGGG